AGAGCGGCCAUGAGGGCACCGGGGCCGUGCGCGGAGUGCGGGGCGAGGGCCGCGGCCCGGUACCGCUGUCCGCGCUGCGGCACCGCCUACUGCUCCGUGCCGUGCUGUCGGACCCACCGCGAGCGCUGCGCGCCCGGUGCCCGGCGGGAGGAGGAAGCGGCCGGGCCCGGAUCCCCCCCUGCCCCCGCAGGCAGCCCCGGGGCCCCGGAGGACAUCCUGGGCGAGGAGGAGGAGCAGGACCGCGUCCCGCCGCAGAAACUGCAGCUCCUGGGGGAAUCGGCGGAGCUGCGGGAUUUGCUGCGGAACCCCCACCUGCGGCAGCUGCUGCUGGCGCUGGAGCAGGCUCGGGACAAAAGCUCCCUCCUGAGGCGGCUGAUGCAGGAGCCGCUGUUCCUGGAGUUCGCCGACUGCUGCCUGGGCAUCGUGGAGCCUCCCGAGGAGAAGGAGAACGUCCUCCCCGAGUGAGCUUUGCUGCUGGGGGAGUGGGGCUGUUUCCUUUGUCCUGGAGAUUUUUGUUUGGUGAGGUUUGGGCGCACUCUGCUCUGUGCCUGUGAAUGUCAGUGCAGAGCUGUGCUGGGACUUUUAUUUUUUACAUCCUGGGGGUGGAACUUUGUACUCUGUGGAAUUCUUGGGCAGCCACAGGAAAUGUUGCUUCACAGUGACAAUAUUAAAUAUAUCUGCAUUGAUUUUAA